UUCUUUACAAUGAGCUGUUCCUACGAAGACAGCUGAACCGUUCAAAGAUUGUGAAAUAUCCUAAUGUGACUGAAAUAUAUGAUGCUGUCAAACCAUGAUACCAAUGGUUCCUCUUUUAUGUUUUGAUGAGAAGUAACUAUUAAAGCUGUGCUGAUUCCGUCCACAUUAACAGAAAGGGAUCUCGGCUUGGACAUGAUACUAUCAUUGAUGGCAUGCUGAAAGAUGGGCUAUGGGAUGUUUACAAUGAUUUUGGAAUGGGAGUAUGUGCAGAGUUAUGCGCUGAUAAAUAUACCAUUACAAGAGAAGAGCAGGAUGCUUAUGCUAUUCAAAGCUUUCAUCGUGGAAUUGCUGCACAAAGAAGUGGUGCCUUUGCAUGGGAAAUAGUUCCAGUUACUUUAUCUGGGGGAAGGGGGAAAGCAGCUACAAUUGUUGAUAGAGAUGAAAGUUUAGGAAAGUUUGAUGCUGAGAAACUAAGGAAGCUUCGACCAAGUUUCAAGGAGAAAGGAGGUUCUGUUACAGCUGGCAAUGCUUCUAUCAUAAGUGAUGGGGCAGCUGCAUUUGUGUUAGUGAGUGGUAAAAAAGCACUUGAACAUGCGACCACACAGUGGAAGGCCAAUGUUGUGGCCGAUACUUUGAGUAGGAAAUCAGUUAACAAUGUAGCAUGUAUAGCCAUUCGGGGAUGA